UUAGGGAGGGUGGGGGAGCGCGGGCCAGACGCCUCAGAGCUACCUGGCGCAGCUUUUGGCCUCCUGGAUUUCUUGCCUGCCUACUGUCCCUUAAUCCUGCCUGCCUGCCACACCCACACUCCACCAGUCAGGUAGCCUCAUGGCUGCAACCUGUGAGAUUAGCAACGUCUUUAGCAACUACUUCAGUACUAUGUACAGCUCAGAAGAGCCCGCUCUGACUUCCGUCCCCCCUGCCGCCACCUUUGGGGCUGAUGACCUGGUGCUGACCCUGAGUAACCCCCAGAUGCCACUGGAGGGCACAGAGAAGGCCAGCUGGUCGGGGAAGCAGCCCCAGUUCUGGUCAAAGGCCCAGGUUCUGGACUGGAUCAGCUACCAAGUGGAGAAGAACAAAUACGACGCGAGUUCCAUCGACUUCUCGCGGUGUGACAUGGACGGGGCCACGCUCUGCAACUGUGCCCCCGAGGAGCUGCGCCUAGUCUUCGGGCCUCUGGGGGACCAACUCUAUUCCCAGCUGUGGGACCUCACUUCCAGCUUUCCUGAUGAACUCAGCUGGAUCAUUGAGCUGCUGGAGAAGGACAGCAUGGCCUUCCAGGAGACCCUGGGCCCCUUUGACCAGGGAAGCCCCUUCAGCCAAGAGAUGCUGGAGGAGUGCCGGCAGGCCGGCCCCUACUUCCCUGGCAGCUACGGCCCAGGAGCCCCCUCCCCCGGCAGCUCUGAUGUCUCCACCGCAGGGACUGGUACUUCCCAGAGUCCCCACUCCUCAGACUCCGGUGCAAGUGACGUGGACCUGGAUCCCAGUGACAGCAAGCUGUUCUCUAGGGACGGCUUUCCUGACUAUAAGAAGGGGGAUCCUAAGCAUGGGAAGCGGAAACGGGGUCGGCCUCGAAAGCUGAGCAAAGAGUCUCGGGAGUGUCUGGAGGGCAAGAAGAGCAAGCAUGCCCCCAGAGGUACCCACCUGUGGGAGUUUAUCCGGGACAUCCUCAUCCACCCGGAACUCAAUGAAGGCCUCAUGAAGUGGGAGAACCGGCAAGAGGGUGUCUUCAAGUUCCUGCGGUCAGAGGCUGUGGCCCAGCUUUGGGGCCAAAAGAAGAAGAACAGCAGCAUGACCUACGAGAAGCUGAGCAGAGCCAUGAGGUACUACUACAAACGGGAGAUACUGGAGCGGGUGGACGGCCGGCGGCUGGUCUACAAGUUCGGCAAAAACUCCAGCGGCUGGAAGGAGGAAGAGGUUGCCGGGAGUCGGAACUGAGGGUCCGAACGGGACCCAGGACCAAACGCACAGACUUGAGGCCUGCAGCCCCCUCCUGGGGGGACCGCCAGGCCCCCCCACCAUUCAGGCAGCCUGGGGCCGUGCCAUGGAGAGAAGCUGAGGUUCGGGUUCCUUGUUCAGCCGCCAUCCUGGGAUGUGGGGCUUGUGGCCUCUCCUCUCUGCCCUCCUCCUGGAAUUACGAGCCCUGGGGUUUGAGGUGACCGGUCGGCUGACCACAGCUGCCAGCAUCGUUCCUCUUACCUGAUGCCUCCUAGACCCAACCCAGACAGCAGCUACAGACGAUGCCUUCCGCCUCAACAUGCCUGGGCUGAGCCAAGAAGGCCAGGGGGAGCAGCAGCAGGGGUGCUGCGAGAGAGGGGGCAGGACGGGGUCCUCCUGCCCCCUGCUUUCCGGACCGGCUUCCAUCUCAGUGCAUGGACUCCGCAGGCAGGGGUCAGAGCACUCCGUAAUUUAUGUGCUAUAAAUACGUCAGAUGUACAUAGAGAUCUAUUUUUUCUAAGACAUUCCCCUCCCCGCUCCUCUCCCACCGUGUGUUCGUGGUCAGACUGACCGUUCUAGGCCCUUGGCUGGGCCAGUGAGGGGCGGGGAGAUGCCAGGACUCUCAGACUGGGGCUCCUGGCUCCUUUCUCCCGUGAAUGGAAGCAGAGACCUCCAAUAAAGUGUCUUCUGCGCUUUUUCUAA